AGCCUUUUUUCUUUAUUAUUUAUUAGUCUUAUAAAAUCAAAACAAGAAAUAUCCGAUCGAUUUCAAGGAAACAUAUCAAAGAGAAAACACAGAGGAAAAUAAUGAGUUAUUAUAACCAGCCACCGCCUUCCGUCGGCGUUCCUCCUCCGCCGCAUGGUUAUCCACUAUCGACGAUGACGCCGUCAGGGUAUCCACUGCAGGGCGGCUAUCCUCCACAAGGAUAUCCACCUCCAUCGACGCACGGUCAUCCUCCACCGCAACAUGUACAUCAAGACCAAAAGAAAGAUGGAUGCUUCAAACGCUGGUUUUAUGAAAUACUUUCGUGGACACCUUAAUGAACACAUGUGAAUGGAUGACCCGUUGGAGUGAUCAAACCACAUAAAAAUUUGAAUUUUUCUAAUGUUGUUUAAAUUUAUAUUUCAUGAUGAUCAUCUUCAUUGUAUAACGUUUUAUGUUCACCUCCUUGAACUAAUGUGUAAUUGCAUAUUAGAAUCGGAUUAUUGCUCGUUGUCAAGUUUUAAUACAGUGAUAAUAAGUUAAACAAAUCGACAGAUGUGUUUUCUUUUUUAAAAAA